AUGUCAACCUCUUCAGGCGCCAACAACACAAUCAAAGAUGAAAAAUUGGAGUCGCAGGUUCCGUUUCCACGUUGUACUCGCCGACCCCUUCCAUUUUCAACAUCAUUUGGGAGUGAGGGGGACUCCGAUGAUCCAUUAGAGGCAAUAGAUGCUGUCAGUACCAAGCUGGAUUAUAAUUCCAGACUGAUCAAUUCAUGGCACGAGAAAUGUGUUGAAGACGAGGCCAUUUUGGCUGAUCUUAACAUUAGAGUGAACAAAGCGUUCUCCCAAAAGAACAAGUACUUGAAGCUGAGUCAUAAAAGGAAGCUGAAAGCUGAGGAGUUGGAUGCAGUAAUGAAUGAUGAAAUUAAAGGUUGUUUGAUGAACCAUAUGCGAUGCGAAGAGCACCACAGUGAACUGGAGUUGGCAUUCAACGAAGGAUUCGAAAAAUUCCGAGCAUUCGCGGCAACAACUCAUACAAGUUAUAAUUGGGACUAUGUGUCCCUGAUGCUGUGA